UCCAGCAGAAGCGAUUGGGGUCGAGGAGACAAGUGAAGAAGACCAGUUUGCACACCGCAGAUACGGUUCAUACCGUGAUAAGAUGGACUUAAGUGACGAGGACAAUGAGGAAGAAGAUUCGGAUGAAAGUGAGGAUGAUGAUGACGACAAAGAUAACAAUGGGCAGCCUAGGCCGACCAGAGGUGUGACUGGAACAGCAGCAAAACAAGAACGGGAUAAAGGCUACAAUUUAAGGGUAGAUCCACCCCGUCGCAGCCAAAAGAGAUAUACCCCAUCAGCGAUAAAGAAAGCAAUGUCGAACAAGUACAAAAAAGUGGUUAACACAGUAAAGAAAAAAUUUACAAAGUAUAUGUAGCAAAUUGGUUUGUC